AGGACUUGCUGUUCGCGUGUAGGUGGUCGUGCAUUGCUUUGGAUUUUCCACAUUUGGAUUUUUUUAGGAAAGUGUUUGAGGAUAUUUUGUUUUGUUUGAUUCUUCACUACACCAGCCAUACAGCACAGAAGUAGGACUACAGAACUUCAAGAACAAAUCAAUCUCAUCAUCAUCAAGUAUCAAUAAGUUGUUCACAACGACAAGAAUGACACUGUUUUUGGGAUGUAUUCUCCUGACUGCUGGAGUGGUUACUGCUUACCGAAGUCCUCUCAACGACUUCCAGCGAUCUGAAGGCAGAGAACUCGUCCCGACCUCCUGGAACUCCAAUUUAGUGCAGAUGUUACCAAAUCUGAACCUGGAGGAGUGUGCGAGCCGCUGCUCACAAUCACUGGACUGCAGAGCUUUCAACUAUGAGACUCGUCCCACUGUCUCUUGUAAACAUUUGCCCUGGGUGGCUGAUAGGAGAAAUGCUGAAGUCAAGAGGAAUGUCAACUGUGACCUUUACGAGAAAAAGGUUUAUGUCCGACAGUGCAUUGUGGGUAAAGGAGAAGACUACAGAGGGAAGGUCUUCACCACAAAAAGUGGACUCAAUUGUCAGCAGUGGUGGUCAAAGUUUCCUCAUGAUCACUGGUGGACUCCCACAGCCUCCAAUGGUCUGGAGCUCAACUACUGCAGGAAUCCAGAUGGGGAUAAUAUCGGUCCAUGGUGCUACACCACCGACCCGGAGCGGCGCUACGAGUCCUGCAACAUCCCUCAGUGCAAAGAUGAGGUGUGCAUCACUUGUAACGGGGAGGAUUACCGGGGCCAGGUGGACCACACUGCGACUGGCAAAGAGUGUCAGAGAUGGGACCAGCAGCAUCCUCAUCAACACAUCUACCAACCUGAAAAGUAUCCUGAUAAGAGUUUAGACGAUAAUUACUGUCGUAACCCCGAUGCCUCUCCAGUCCCUUGGUGUUACACUACAGACCCUUUGGUAGAGAGGGAGAACUGCAACAUCAGCAAAUGCCCUGAGGUUCCAGUGGAGAAGCGUCAGCGGUCUAGUUUCACCACAAACUGCUUCCGCGGUCGAGGGGAGGAUUACAGAGGAAAGGUCAAUGAGACGCUGUCAGGCAUCCCCUGCCAGAGGUGGAAUGCCCAGUUUCCCCACGAACAUCCUUUCCACCCAAACAUUUAUGAGUGCAAAGGUUUGGAGGAGAAUUACUGCCGUAACCCGGAUGGAUCGGAGGCUCCGUGGUGCUUCACGUCUGCGCCUGAGAUGAGGACUGCUCUGUGCCUACAGAUCAAACGGUGUGAAGACGACAUAGAAGCUGAGGACUGCUAUCAAGAAAAUGGUAAAAACUACAGAGGUAUUGUCCGCAAAACUCGCAAAGGGGUCACCUGCCAGAGAUGGAACGUAAACACACCUCACAGAACCAAGAUAAACCCCCUGACACAUCCGGAAGCCAAUCUGACAGAGAACUAUUGUCGCAACCCAGAUGGGGACCAACAUGGACCCUGGUGCUACACAACGGACCCCAAAACCGAGUUUGACUACUGUGCCAUCAAGCAGUGCGCUGGAGAAAAAGUGUCCCUGACAGAACAAAUAGAAAAAGUGGAGUUCAGUGAAUGCGGACAGAGGGAUGACCGCCCCCAAAGGUUUUUGCGUAUCGUGAAUGGGAUACCUGGGAACUCCCCUUGGACCGUGAGCCUCAGAGACAGGAAAGGAAACCAUUUCUGUGGAGGAUCUCUGGUGUACUCUAGAUGGGUGAUCAGCACCAAGCAAUGUUUCUCAUCCUGCUAUGUUGACUUGCCCGGAUACUCCGCCAUGCUGGGAACGCUUUUCCGUGAUCCGCAGGAAGGCGAGCCUUCUGUCCAAGUCAUUCCUCUCACCAAGAUCGUCUGCGGACCCUCCGAGUCUCAGCUCGUCAUGCUCCAACUGGAAUUCCCUGCUCAGUUUAAUGAGCGUGUGUCUCAGAUCUGCCUGCCUCCCGAGCGAUACAUAGUCCCAGAGGGAACGGAGUGUGAGAUCGCAGGAUGGGGGGAGACAAAAGGAACCGGGGACGAGACUGUCCUCAACGUAGCCAAAGUACCAGUCAUCAGUAACAGGAUAUGCAACCAGUACUUCAGAGGUCGGGUUCGUGAAAACGAGAUGUGCACGAACUCGUUCCAGGGUGGAGUGGGUGCAUGUGAGAAGGACUAUGGCGGCCCUCUGGCGUGCAGGAACAGUGACUGCUGGGUACUUGAGGGCGUGAUCAUCCCCAUGAGACGCUGCGGACACCCGGGACAGCCCAACAUUUUUAUCCGUGUGUCUGUGUACGUGGACUGGAUCAAGAAGGUCAUGGAGAUGGCUUAGCGACGGAUCCCGGCGUUGACCAAGCUCAUGGAGAAAUACCUGCGAGGCGUCAACGAACUUUCUUCCCCGAAGUCUCUUAAACAGUCAAACAAGUGAAAUGUGUAAAAUUAUAAUUUUGUCAUUGAGUUACAGUGCUUUAAUAAUAUAUGUGUCCCAGUGUAAUCAAAUGUUUUGUUUUUACUUUAGAAGUAGCUUAAACUUUAAUACGAUUUGUUGCGACAAUGUUUAUGCUAAUUAUUUUACGCAUCUCCUUAUAGUACGUGUCCGAAAUGUACAGAACUUUUCGAUAUUUUAAGUCCUUCAGUAUUACAGCUUCUGUUGUAAUUUAUUUUCAUUCAUAAAAAUACCAACUUCUGCUUCUAACUGUAGCUCUGUUGAUCUUAUAAAUACUACCAACUUUUUUGCGAAUUUUCUGACAGUUUUGGCAUCAAAAGCAUUCAUUGUGGCCCACCAGUGACAAAAGGGGGGAGCGUGGCUUCGCAACUCAAAGUUCUGAACAUCCCUCUGCCAAAAACUGUUCUACCCUGCUCUUGCUGGCAUUGAGUAGAGCUCAAAAAUACUUUCUUUGCCCCCAGCCUCUACACGAAAUCCCUCCUCUGCCUGUCUUUUGAUGCCUGCCCCCACCACCGAAGACAUGCCUUUGUGCCUUAUGCAGAACUGUAUGCGCUGCACAUUCUUUCUAGUUCUAUAGGAGGAUUUUUGUAACCAGGUCCUGAUGAGCCCACGGAAUUCAGCUUAAAUAAACCUCAAGAUCAGAGUCCAACCAAA